UUAGGACUAAGAUUUGGACCGUCCAAUCACAUCUUACGUUCAGAUCAGAAUGAAAAACAUGGAAGGGUAAAAACGUAAUAUUCUAACCCUUCUUCUUCACAAAGACAUUUUCUGACACACCAAUUGUAUAAAUGCAUCAACUCCACCACUUCCACCAUCGAAAACCACCGUCACCGCCAUAGUAUGAUUAUACUUCACCAGUAUCAUCAGCUCUUUAGUUAAACGCCACCGUUAACUUCACCGUCACUUCCACCACGUAACAGCCAAUGUAUUCUUAUUAAUAGAUGAAGAAACGUGAUUUCAACACUACUCCGACAGUUAUUCUAGGUAAAAUAUAUAAAAGGUGUACCAGCUUCUGCUGCAAAGAACAGUGCAAACCCACAGACGUGUCAUCUUCAAAAGCCGCAACUUUAUCAUAUACUAGAUGUGUCGCAGAAGAUGAAAUUAGAGCAGUUCUACUACAUAGAAAACCUUUCACCACUCAUGAUCUUGUAGCAAACUUUAAAUAGUGUGACCCAUACAGAACCAGAUAAGAAGUGGAAAUGGAUGAUUGGCUAUUCCGGACCCAUGUAGGGAUUGACCUAGAUGCCCAUAUUAUAAAAUACAUGAGCUCGGAAUGGAAAUGUGCUCUGAAGCACUUGAAGAAACCAUCACUAGUGAAGAAGCUCAUAUUCUCUUUGAUAAGGCUGCUUCAAAGUUUCACAAAGUUGCAGCCUUGGCUUUUUUUAAUUGGGGAAACGUUCAUAUGUGUGCUGCCCGUAAACGUAUCCCUAUAGAUGACUCCGGUGACAAAGCCAUGGUGGCAACUCGGUUUCAAGGAGCAUAUGAGUGGGUGAUGAAUCAUCAGAAUCGUGUAGAUGGAUUGGAAAUGACGUUGGAUAGUGAUGAUGAAGUCAUAGUGGAGAUUCCUCGUGGUGAAGCUGACUGCAAAAACUCCAUUAUUUCUAGCAAUCACCAAAAUAUUAAUACAGAGGAGGAUUUUUUUAUUUACAUGAUCAUGACCUACAUGAUUCAGGUCUCAGAUCACGGAACAAAAAGCACCCGUAUUUACGUCACAAUCGCAUCAGAAGGUCGAGGACGACACUAGCAAGCUGAAAACAAUAUGUAGCAUUACUGAACCAGUAAUUUCUAGCAAUAACGAGCCCAAAAAUAUUGAUAAAGUAAGUUUAACUGCUUCUCCUGUAACACCUUUAUUGACAUCACCAGUAGGGAAAGAAAAUGAUAAUGACGAUGAUGAUGAUGAGGAGGAGGAGGAUGAGAUUGUUUAUUCUCAUGUACGUAAAAGACAUAAGAUAAUCAAGGUUAUGGUAAUUAUCGUGUUUUAUUUA